CCACUCCACCCUGCCACCCAUACACAUACGCACACACAAGGGGACAUUGCCUCGGCCAUGUUUGCUCGACUCAAGUCGCUGCUCACGUCGAGGAUGCGCGGGCGGCCGCGGAGCCGGGGUGUGCCGGUCUCUGUCUCGGGCGCUGUGACGGAAAUGCCCAACGCACUGACGACGGCGACGGUGUGCGCUACGCCCGGCGCACCGCUGGUGGUGGUAACACCUGCUCUGCCGCACUACAUCCUCGCUGUCGACGCGCACGGCUCGUUGCUCUGCUGGUGCGCGGCGACAGGCGCUCUGCUCGCGACCGCCAGUCACGCCCAUGGCCACGGCGAGCUGCCGACCUCGCUCGCCUUUGUCCCGCACGCCAAGGCCGUCUCGGGUGACGCGUGUGGCGUGAUUAAGGUCUGGACGCUGCCGUCGCUGAUGUGUCUCCGCUCCAUCGACGCCCACAUGGGCCCGCUUUCGCUCGUGGCCGCGCCCGGGCCGGCAGCCGAGCCGGUCCGCCUUGUCUCAGCCGCCGCAGGCGACGCCUCGCUCUACGCCUGGCUCGUCGGCGUCGAGCGCGCAGAGCUCAUCCGCAGGCCGGACGCUGCUGCCAUCACCGCGCACGUCUUUCUCCCGGACAGCGACAUCCUCGUCUUUGCCACCGAGCUCCCGGGCCUCACGCUUGUCCAUCUCCGCGAGCUCCGGCUCGAGACACUCGGCUCGGGCGCGUCGGCAGCGGCGGCGGUCGAUGCCCUUGUUGUUGUCUCACCGGACCACCUUGUCUCGGUGGAUGUCUUUGGCAAGAUUGUACUCUGGUCCGCGCCCAAGAUGGAGCCACUCGGCUCGGUCCCGCUCCCGGUCGACGCCUUUGGCAAGGCGCUGGCGGCCGUGGCGUCGUCGUCGGCACCGCUGCGGCUAGUCUCGCCUGUGGCGCUCGACGCCCGCACUGCGGCGCCUCUCCUUGUCGCCGGCCUCGGCGCGGGCUUUGUCAUUGCCGACGCCGCGUCGGGCCUGUUUGUCGUCUCGGUCCCGGCCGCUCACGCCGCGCCGGUCACGGCCGUGCUCCCACUGGAGAACGGGGCGCGUGUUCUGACCGGUGCUGUCGACGGCUCGCUCAAGGUCUGGGGCGAUGCUCGCAGCGCCGAGUCGCCUCGCGCGCCGUACGGCUUUGACUUUGCCGACGCGGCGGCACCCAACAAGGCCGAGCCCAUUGUCCUCGGCGAGCUGCACAUCUUUGGCUCCGCCGUUGCCUCACUCCACGCCCUCGGGCCGACCGCGCUCAUCGCCGUCUCUGCCGAUGGUGAGCUCGUCAUACUCCGCUACGCUGCGGAUGAACUCCGUGCCCUCACGGUUGCCGCCUCGCUCGACAUGUACCUCGCCUCGCUAGGCCUCGAGCUGAGUCCCGACGCGACUGCUGCCAGCCUCGCCACUCCGCCCCGCGGCUGCACAGGUGCCGUCGCGCCCGCUGGUGCCGGUGGAGGUGUCAAUGAUGAUACCAACGACGUCCCAGACGACGAAGCCGAUGAGUACGGCUCGACGCUCUCGCGCCACUCAUCGGCGCUCUUCUACGAGUGCAACACGUUUGAGGGCACGUCGCCGCCGGGCGUCGUCGACAAUCCCGAGCAGUUCUACACGCCCGCUGCCGGGCCGGGCAGCUCGCUCCAGGCUCGCCCUGGCCCCAGCCUUGGCUUUAGCCCGAGUUCCAGCCCCAGCCCCAACCCCAGCACCUCGACCGCGCUCUCGCCAGGCUCGUCAGGCGAGUGGUCGGCCACUGUCCGCGGCGGCCCGCUCCCACUCAACCUCGACACCUCUGUCAGCUCGAUCACAGCCACGCCGCCGGCCACUCCGGUGGCUUUGCCUGCCGACGACCGCGCCAGCCCCGUGCCUGAAGAGGCCGAGGCCGAGGCCGUUCAAGACGUCGCGUAA